CAACGGUUAGCGCCUGCCCUGUCACUUCCGCCAGCCGGUGGGCGCUUCCGAUUGGAGCGAGACUGCAGUUGAGGACCAGCUGCUCUACUGGACCAUGGGCCCCCUGAGGGAGAGGAACUGACUGGAUGGAAGAUCAAUCUGGCUUGGAAGGAGAGUUCCACAACACCAUCAUUAUACUUGUGUCCUUGUGGACUUGGCCGUGGCUUUGAGAAGAUGUUUGCCAAACUGAAGAAAAAGAUUGCCGAAGAAGCGGCGACUGCUCCUCGAGGGGUGGCCAGGAUGCCCAGAUCGGUCAGCAAAGAGUCCAUCACAUCCAUGGGAGCGGAUUCGGGGGACGACUUCCCUUCUGAUGGAAGCAGCUCCAGAGAGGACGUCUCCUCUCAGCUGUUGCGAAGAAACGACCAGAUACGGAAGCUGGAAGUCAAGCUGUCUGAUUAUGCUGAACAGGUUCGAAACCUGCAGAAGAUUAAGGAGAAGCUUGAGAACGCUUUAGAGACGCAUCAAGACUCCUUUGUGAAAAAACUCCAAGAGCAGAAUGAGGCUCAUCAGGCCAGCACGGCCAAGAUGGCGGAAGGAAUGGCCUUGGCGCUGGAGAAGAAGGACCAGGAAUGGAAAGAGAAGCUGUCUCACCUUGAAAAGGAGAAGAAGCUCCUUCUGGCCCAGCUGCAAGAUAUGAGAGAGCAGAGUUUGAACCUCUUCCAGAAAAGGGACGAGAUUGACGAGCUGGAAGGCUUUCAGCAGCAGGAGCUGGCAAAAGUGAAGCACAUGCUUUUGAAGAAAGAAGAGCUUCUGGCCCAGGUGGAGCAAGAGGCGGCAAGGGCCCGAGAGGAGCUCCAGGUCUCUCAUGCAUCCUCCUCACACCUGGCAGAAGAGCUGCAGCUUCUGAAAGAGCAACAUGCAGACCUGCAGGCCGAAAGGGCCGAGCUCCGAGAUGCAGCGAAGAGCGCGGAAAGCAAGAUCUCCGUGUUAGAGCAGCGCGGCCAUGAACUCCAAGGCUACAUCCAACAAUUAUCAGUAAACCUACAGAAGGCUCAGGGCGCUGCCUGUGGUUGUGAAAAGAAAUUGGAAACCUUACAGGGAGAGCAUGACUCUCUGAAGGUGGAGUACGAACAGUAUAAGCAAAAGGUGGCUCUUGAAGUGGAGGAGAAAAGCCAGCUUAUGGGCCACUUGCAGGAGAAAGUGGCCAUCUUGGAGAAGCGGUUAGAAGGGAACCUCUCUGGCGAUGAACAUAUUUGGGACCUGCUCAGAGAGAAAAGUGCUCUGGAACAGCGGUUAGAAGAUGCCCGGCAGCAGCUCUUGGCAGCAAGGACCAGCCACACAGAGAGCGUGAGCCAGCUGGAGACUCAGAUCAACCAGCUGAAUGGCCAACUGGCCGAAGGGCAGGCACACCUGAGUGAGACGGAGGAGCGAGUGCGCAGUCUCCAGGAAAAUGGCGCACAACAGCUGAAAGUUCUUGAAGAAGCUUUCCAGUUGGCCAACGAGGCCGCAGCAAAAAGCAAGGAAGAGGUAGAGGAGCGAGAGCUUCGCAUCCAACAGUUGCAAGGGGACCUGGAGCUGGGAAGGAUCAAAUGGGAGGAAGAACUUUCGGCUGCACAGCAUCACUGUGCAGAGCAAGUGGCGGAGCUGGAGGAGAAGGCAGAGGCUCUCGUGGCUGCGCAGGAGUCCGAAAGGGAGGCUUCUCAGCACAGAAUUAGGCAAUUAGAGAGUGAAAACGAAGAACUUAACAUCAGAUGUAAGGAGGCAGAAAAGUUAAUGACGACGCAAGAGUCCGAACUGGAGAGACUAAAGGCAGAACUGAGCAGGAGUGCUGAAAUGGCCCAAACCCAGGAGGAGACACAGAAGGAACUGCAACAACAGGUUGCAGAUUUGACGUCAUCGUUACAUGAGAAAGAUCUGCUGAUUGUGGAAAAAGCAGACCGGCUUUUGAAAGAGGAGGAAGAGCUGACGUGCUUAAGGCAAGGCCACGAUGCGCUUGUGCUGCAGGUCCAACAGUUGCAGUCCAGUCUCAAGCUUUGCCAGCGCCAGGCCGCAGAACGGGAAGCCGAGGCAGAAGAGCAGAGGAGCGCAUUGCAAGCCCAGCUGCAGGAACAGCAGGAGUGGCUGACGGCCAGCGAGAAGCAAGCAUCUGCAGCCUUGAAAAACCACUUGCACGCCUCCGAAGGGGGAGAAGCAGAGACUAACGGGGAGGUGGACGCCGCCGAUGUCGUCCAGCUCCAGAAGGAGAACCGAGAUCUGGAACAGCAAAUUGCUGAGAAGAAUAAGAUGAUAAAGCAGCUCCAGCAGAGAAUGACGGAACUCAAGAAGACCUUGCAGAAAGAGUUGAAAAUCAAGCCCGAGGCCGAGGUCCCCGAAGCACCCGUUCCGGCCUUGACUGUGACAAACAAUUCAGAUCUGAACGACUCCCGAGAGAUAAACUUUGAGUACUUAAAGCACGUGGUCCUGAAAUUUAUGUCCUGCAGGGAAUCAGAGGCAUUCCAGCUCAUCAAAGCUGUCUCAGUGUUGCUUGGCUUCUCUCAAGAAGAGGAAAACAUGCUCAAGGAAACGCUGGAGUACAAGAUGUCCUGGUUUGGGUCCAAGCCGCCUCCCAGGGGCAGCAUCCGGCCUUCCAUUUCAAAUCCAAGGACCCCCUGGUUAUAAGAGGCCCCGAGGAUGUGCUCCUGAACCUGCCUCAACCUGCUUCUAUUUUGGUUUUCUACACACAAGGAUGCUGCAUCCACCGAGGUCUUAACUGCUUUCACCACAGUAUUUUAUAUGAAAACGUUGGGAGGGGGGCAUGUUUACAAAGAAUGUCCCACCUUUGAGGAUCACAGGAGUCCCACGGCUUUGUGGUGAGGGUCACGGUUAGAUAUGGGACACAACCUGCUGCAUUGGUGUCAUUCCCUGGAAACGGGAAGCGAUGGCGAUGUCCUCUCCUCUUGCCUGCUGGCAAUUCCAACCUCUCUGGAAACAGGCGUCCUUGAACCUCCAGCUGGGAAAGCACAACUUUUUACAGAGCUGACCAGCUUUUAUUUUUCUUACAGAAAAAAGCAAUUUUAAAUUGUCUUUAUGACUCUUGCCUUUUAAAAGUAGUGUAUUCGAGUAAGCGUUCAGGCUGGGAAGUGGGUGGCAGCUAUAAAGCUAGGAGACAAGGACUCUUAAAGCACUUCUGUAACUGGAUUUCCCCCAAAGGAAUGAAUGGGAGGGCUGCUGACCUGAUUUUUGCAAACAUAUGCUCAAGUCAAUUUCACUCAAGCAAGACUGCUCUUUUGUAUUGCCACUCUUAAUCCGACGGGCACGAUUACAUUAAAUUUCGAACCAGAAUUCGGACAUAGACUCCCACAAAUUUGCCAGUCGUAGACCAAGAGGUCACUUAUUCUAACUCUGUUUUGAAAACAGUUUUGAGUACUAACUCUGAAGCUUAAAUGGCUCAUUUUCUAACUGAAUAACCAAAACAACAACCACCUCUGCACCUACAAACUGCAGGGAUUUAGCAAUGCUUACAUACUGUACAGAAAGCCGUGUAAUAUAGGAAACUGCAUAUUGCUAAGCAACAGUAUUGAAACCUUGGGAAGCUUCCCAAGAGCAAGAAUGAGGUGUGUAUAUUCAUUCAUCGCCGCAACUAAUGCACUUUCUCUUCCUGUAAAAAAAUCAAAACCCAAACCAACCACCUGUGGCGUUAUGUAUAUAACUAUAUAUAUUCAAAGGCGGCCUUUGGGCACACUUGGCGAGCCAACUCCUUCAGUGUGCAAAGGGACUGUAUUAUGCAAUGGCCCCUAGGAAGAUAAUUUGUGGUGCAAUACGUUUUGGAUUAAAGCUUGAGGCUGAGUUAUUAUA